AUGCCGUCAUUCAAUCCAUUCUCAACCGUCACGGGCAAGCAUGCCGCUUCGCUUUUCGAGAUCAGGUUAGACAAUGACUUCAUUGUAUUUCGUGGGGGAGAGGAUGAGUCUGCUGGCCAGGUUCUCAAGGGUGUCGUCGUGCUGUGUCUACCCACGCCGCUGAAGAUCGAGGACGUCCAUCUGCGCCUGACCGGCACCCAUCGAUUAACAUGGGAAAACUACAAGACCGUCGCAUCUGGCGUCUCCACCCAAAAGGUCGACAAGACCACCACCCUGCUCCAUCAUCGCUGGGCUCCGUUCGUCGGCGGUCCUGGCGGCAAGAACACCCUCUUGCCGGCCGGCAACUAUGAGUGGCCUUUCGAGUACACCUUGCCGGGGAAUACCCCCGAGAGCGUCGAAGGCAUUCCCGAAGCGAGCAUCACCUACAAGCUCAAAGCGACCGUCGCCCGCGGCAAGCUCGCCUACGAUCUGCACGCCUACAAGGCGCUGCGUAUUAUCCGCACCCUCGAACCAGCUGCACUUGAGUUCCUGCAUGCCAUGAGCGUUGAGAACAUCUGGCCGAACAAGGUCGACUACUCCAUCAUCAUCCCGCAAAAGGCCGUCGUCUUCGGUGCCACCGUCCCCCUCCAUAUGCGUUUCACGCCCCUCUUGAAGGGCCUCGAAAUGGGAGAGAUAUCCGUCAAGAUGUUGGAAAUUCGCGAGUGCACAUUACAGGGCCCCACGGGCAACAUUUUUAAGGAGCACAGAACCGAAAGAGAAGUUUCCAACUGGAAGUUCGAAGUCGACCGAGAGGAGCAUUGGCACGACACAAUUGAAGAUACUGGUCAGGAAGGGUGGUUGGUGGAGAAGAAGUUGAGCCUGCCCAAGAGACUGCGACAAUGUGUUCAGGACCUGAAUCACAACGGUAUCAAGGUCCGCCACAAACUCAAGCUCGUUGUUGCCCUGAAGAACCCCGACGGUCACAUCUCAGAGCUGCGCGCUACACUACCUGUCUCAAUCUUCAUUUCUCCCAACAUGCCUCUCGAUGAGCAUGGUGUUCUCGUUGACCAGGGCCCCGGGACACCGGUUCAGGCCGAGGCCACCACCAGAAUUGCGCCGCCUGGUUACGGCGAACACGUUCUCGACCAACUCUACGAGGACGUCGACAUGAGCGGUUUCCAGACUCCGAGCGUGCAGUCUGGUUUCAGCAGCCCUUUCUACGCCCAAUCUCGUGCAGGCUCGUCAGAGAACCUUGCUUCCCUAGCUAUGAUGGGCGGCCAUGGUAUUGCCCCUGCCGCUCUCUCUUCGCGCCUACAAAACGUCUCUCUGGAUCCUACGCAUCGCAACACUUCGUUCAACUCGCUGAACGCUAUCACGGAGGACGUGGCCGUUCCAACACCCAUCCUUACGGGAGCAAGUUCGCAGUCGCAUUCGACUGCUCUCACGCGCCAGAACAGCGCCGAGGACCACCCUAAUGCGCACUCUUCGGGCCGCGCUUCGCCGGAACAUCUCGAUUUUACGGACAUGGCCACGUUGAGCAAGGUGCCUAGUUAUACGACGGCCGUCAAGACCCCUCUCCGACGAGGUGCCGGCAGCAGCGACGCGCUGCCAGAUUACUUCUCUGCGAUGAGCGCUCCAAACACACCACCUGCGAGCGAGGUUCCCGUUGCGGAUCCGCUGAGCAUGAUUCCCGAGUCUCAGGAGAGCGCUGGCAGUGAAACCACCACACCGGGCGGCUUGCGCCGCUCGUGGCAUCGCCCUGCAAGCAUGAGCAACUUGCUCCAUGCAGUUCAAGGCAACGACGACCGGCGGCUCCACCUUAUCCAGGGCCGCGAGAGAGUGUACUAA